AAAAAAGCAUAUGCGGAGGAAGGGCAAAGGGCAAGGGUAAUUUACGAAACACAUAGCAGAACUGAAAACUCCAUUUUCAUAGCAGACGCCGACUAUUCAGGGCAGAGGAGAGCGAGACCCAAAUCUUCGACAACUCCACUGAAUCUCGUCUUCUUCUUCUUCUUCUUCAAAGCUUUACAUUCCUCUGGGCGCCAACGGCUGCUUCAGAUUCGGAAUUUAACGAACAGACAAAAGGGAAGAGGACCAGAGCCAAAGGAAGAAGCAAUAGACAUGGCGAAGAAGAACAGAGGCGGCCAACAACAAAACAGUAAAGUUCCAGAAAGCAUGAGGAACCGAAUAGCUCAAUUACUCUCCCGCUUCAAUUCCGCUGAUGACGAAGUUUACACAUUUGAGGCCGGUCUCUCGAACCAUGACCGUGCUGAAGUGCAUCAACAAUGCAGGAAAAUGGGUAUGAAAUCCAAGAGUAAAGGGAGUGGGAAAAAACGUGUUGUGUCUGUUUAUAAACCUAAAAAGAAGGCUGCAGCCGUUGAUGGUAUUCCAAAGCUCACUCAUCUGACAUUUUCCGAAGGCACAAAAGAAGUAUUGAGGGACUUGUUCAUGUGUUACCCACCCGGUGAUGAAGUGGAGGGCAGAGAAAUGUAUGGGACAAAUAGUAAUGAGAAUGUGAAAGCCAAGCGGAAGAAAGAUAGUAUGUUUUGCAAGCCUUUGAUGACCAAGGCAGAAAUUGCAAAGAAAGUGCAAUCACUUGCUUCUAGAAUAAAGAAUUCCGAUAAAUUGAGAAAGAUCACCAAAGAGAAGUCUAAGCUUCCAAUUACAUCCUACAGGGAUGUCAUUACAUCAGCAGUUGAAUCUCAUCAGGUAAUUCUUAUAUCUGGUGAGACUGGGUGCGGAAAGACCACACAGGUCCCACAGUUUAUUUUGGACCAUAUGUGGGGUAAGGGGGAGGCAUGUAAAAUAGUGUGCACUCAACCUCGACGUAUCUCAGCUGCAUCAGUUGCCGAGAGAAUCUCUAAGGAAAGAGGAGAAAAUGUUGGAGAGGAUAUUGGAUACAAGAUACGGUUGGAAAGUCAAGGUGGCAGGCACUCAUCAAUUGUGCUCUGCACAAAUGGGAUUCUGUUGAGGUUGUUAGUGUCCAGAGGCGCUGGUAGAUCAAAAGCAGGUGACUCAAACAAAGAAACCAAGCAAGAUGUCAAUGACAUAACUCACAUUAUUGUGGAUGAAAUUCAUGAAAGGGAUCACCACUCAGAUUUUAUGCUGGCAAUUAUAAGAGACAUGCUUUCUUCACACCCUCAUCUACAUCUGAUACUGAUGAGUGCAACUGUUGAUGCUGAACGGUUUUCACAUUAUUUUGGUGGAUGCCCAAUUAUCCGUGUCCCUGGGUUCACUUAUCCUGUCAAAACUUUCUAUUUGGAGGAUGUACUUUCUAUCCUGAAAUCCGUAGAAAAUAAUCACCUUAAUACUGCAGUAGGUUUACAGAAUGAAGAUCCUGACUUAACACAGGAAUUGAAGCUUUUUCUAGAUGAAGCUAUUAAUCUGGCUUGGUCUAAUGAUGAGUUUGAUCCCCUUCUAGAGUUUACUUCUUCUGAAAGAACUCGCAAAGUCUUUAAUUACCAGCAUUCUUUAACUGGACUUACGCCGUUAAUGGUGUUUGCUGGAAAGGGUAGAACAGGAGAUGUUUGCAUGCUGCUAUCUUUUGGUGCGGACUGCCAAUUACAGGCCAAUGAUGGAGCAACUGCAUUGGAGUUGGCUGAACGGGAAGAGCAGCGAGAAACUGCUGAGAUAUUGAAAGAGCAUAUUGAAAAUGCUCUUUCUAACUCUAUGAAAGAACAACUGUUAAUUGAUAGAUAUCUCCAAUAUUUUAAUCCUGAAAAUGUUGAUUUUGUUCUUAUUGAGCAAUUAUUAAGGAAAAUUUGUAGUGAUUCAAAAGAUGGAGCCAUCCUUGUGUUCCUUCCAGGGUGGGAUGAUAUAAAAAAAACCCAGGAGAGAUUACUCACGAACCCGUAUUUCAGAAAUACUUCUAAGGUUUUGAUAAUAUCUCUACAUUCGAUGGUUCCAUCUGCUGACCAAAACAUGGUCUUCAAACGCCCCCCUCCUGGUUGCCGUAAAAUUGUUCUUUCAACUAAUAUGGCUGAAACUGCCAUCACCAUUGAUGAUGUCGUUUAUGUUAUUGAUAGUGGCCGGAUGAAAGAAAAAAAUUAUGAUCCUUACAAAAAUGUAUCAAGUCUUCAAUCUUCCUGGGUGUCAAAAGCGAGUGCCAAGCAACGACGGGGCCGUGCUGGUCGUUGUCAGCCUGGAAUCUGUUAUCAUCUUUAUUCUAAAGUUCGAGCAGCUUCAUUGCCAGAUUUUCAGGUGCCUGAGAUUAGGAGAAUGCCAAUUGAAGGGCUUUGCCUGCAGGUGAAGUUACUUGAUCCAGAUUGCAAUAUAGAAGAUUUCUUGAUUAAGACAUUGGAUCCUCCACUUUCCGAGACCAUACGCAAUGCAGUUGCUGUUCUUCAAGAUAUUGGGGCUUUGUCACUUGAUGAGAAACUUACAGUACUUGGGGAGAAGCUAGGUUCUCUACCUGUUCAUCCAUUGACGAGCAAGAUGCUUUUCUUUUCUAUACUGAUGAACUGUCUUGACCCAGCUUUGACUCUGGCAUGUGCUACUGACUUCAAGGAUCCAUUUUCCCUGCCUAUGUUACCUGAUGAUAAGAAGAGAGCCGCUGCUGCUAAAUAUGAACUUGCUUCAUUGUAUGGUGGGCAUAGUGAUCAGCUAGCAGUCAUAGCAGCAUUUGACAUAUGGAAGACUGCUAAACAACGAGGUCAAGAGAAACUGUUCUGUUCUCAAUACUUUGUGUCUUCAAGUACGAUGCAUAUGCUAUCUCGUAUGCGCAAGCAGCUCCAGACAGAGCUAAUUCGGCAUGGUUUUAUCCCUGAGGAUGUAUCAAGAUGUAGCUUGAAUGCACGUAACCCAGGAAUACUCCGUGCUGUUCUCGUGGCCGGUUUAUAUCCAAUGGUGGGGAGAUUGCUUCCUGUUCGCAAGAAGAUGAAACGAUCUGUUGUAGAAACUCCUAAUGGGGUUAAAGUUUGUUUAAACAACCACUCUAUGAAUUAUAAGUUAGGUUUCAAGGUUACCAGUGAUGAUCGUCCAUUGAUUAUGUUUGAUGAGAUAACCCGUGGGGAUUCGGGUGUGAUGAACAUACGGAACUGUACUGUUAUCGGGCCACUUCCGUUACUAUUGCUUUCGACAGAAAUUUCUGUUGCUCCAUCAAACAAUGAUGAUGAUGAUGGUUACAUUGAUGAGGGGAGUGAUAUGGAUGACAAUGAGGAUGAAAGUGAUGAAGAUGCAAUGGAGAUAGAUGGUAAGUCAGGUGGACAACACAAGGAGAAAAUUAUGUCAUCUCCUGAUAAUUCAGUCACAGUUAUAGUGGAUCGGUGGCUUCAAUUUGGGUCAAAAGCUCUGGACGUUGCUCAGAUCUACUGCUUGAGAGAACGUUUAUCUGCAGCAAUCUUAUUCAAAGUUACACAUCCAAGGAAAGUUUUGCCUCCUGGUCUUGGGGCCUCAGUUUAUGCUAUAGCCUGUGCUCUAUCGUAUGAUGGUCUAUCUGGGAUCUCAUUUCCAAAGGAAUCCGAGGAGUCUCCGACUUCGGUGGAAAAUGAAACUGUGACUGACGACUCUGUUUUGCCCCUUCAAGAUUGCUACUUACACAAAUCGAUUAUGUGCGAUAUUUUAAGGGAUGAUGCACAUGGAAGCAAUGACACAAAUGAAAUGCACUGUUACUUCCUCAGAUCAUGUACUCCUGCCGUCAAUGGAGCAGCCAAGUCGAGUGACCCGUUAAGUCACAGUAUCCUGAACGCACACCAGAAGCCUCUAUCACAAGGCACGAGUAUACCUGCUGCUAAUGGAGCAGUACGGUUUUAUGUGAUUGGAAAUGGGGCAGCAAAGUUGAGUGACCCAUCAAGUCACAGUGUUCAACCACCGCUUGAUUCUGCUCCCAUCACCGCUCACCAGAAGCCUCCAUCACAAGGUCCAGAUUUAGUUGGCAACGGUGCAAGCACUGAUGCAUCAGAUGGUCCAAGGGGAGAGUCGCCAGUGAAGAGGAAGAAGCGUAGGAAUAAGGGUAGAGAACAAUCAUCUUGAAUGGGAUCUAACUGUAUGUUGUAGGAUGUUAGAUUGGGGUAAGCUGGUCGUGUCAAGUUUUCUAGGAUGAAGGAAUAUAUAUGUCUUCAACACAAUGAUCUUUUCAAUUUCCCAGACUGUAAUCCUCCUAUGAAUGCCAGCGAAGUCGCGUGAAUGAAGAAGACACAAGAGGAUUGCAUCUGAAAUUCAUCCUAGCUUUUGAUUUUGCUGUCACAAGACCAAGCAAAGCUGAAACCAUCCUUGGUUUCGGAAACAAUUCUGGUAAGCUCAUAUCAGUAACAAGCCAAAAGUGAAGAUCUAGGUGUACGUUUUUAUAUCAGAUCAGAUGUGUUGAUUCAUUAGUAAUCUCUUCCAUUGCUCUUUUAAUAUUUCAUGAAACUAUUGUGACAAGAUACAAGAUGGAACUUUGCAUAAUCUUUCGGCCCUCAUGCAUUGACUUCACCAAUAUACAAGGACUGAACACAAGAAGCGCUUUGGGUAUCUAAAAUUUGGUUCUUCUUAUCUUCCUCUUUCAACUUUCCUAUUAGAUUAAGCCACUUGUCAUUGAUCGAAUCAUCAAAACACAAUCAUAUCCACUGCAGCAAAACAACAAAAUGAAACUGCAACUGCAUUAUUAACCUUAUCACUAAGCAUGUGAAAAAGAUAAGGGAGGGAAAAAACAAAAACAAAAAACAAAAACAAAAUUAGGCUAACCUUAAUUACUAAGCCUUGUCCCGUUAGGUAGGCCCCACCAUACAAAAUAAAAACCAACCCCCCAAAUACUCAAAUUUACAUCUCUUGUCUGCGACUGAAAGAUAUGGCCAGAGAAGAAGAAGAAGAUAAAGGUAGAGUUCAAAUGUUGAUAGCAAUGAAGGGCCAUCCAGGCACAGGCAAAACCACCUUAGCCAAUUCCUUAGCCUCAACUCUCAAACUCCCUCUCUUAGACAAAGACGACGUGCGCGACAAAAUCCAGAGUCUCCAACCCGCAUCCUCCUCCGCGUCUUCCGUACUAAACGACGCGUCGUACCGCGUCAUCUGGCAGAUCGCUGCCACCCAGCUACGCCUGGGCCUCAGCGUCAUCGUGGACUCGCCCCUCUCCCGUAGGGCCCACUUCGAGUACCUGGCCCAGUUGGCAUCGUCCAGUGGGGCCCGCCUCUUGAUUGUGGAGUGUAGGCCCAAGGACGAGGCCGAGUGGCGCCGAAGGCUCGAGCGCCGCGCUGAGGCUGGUGGAGGGCCGGGCUGGCACAAGCCGUCCACGUGGCGGGAUAUGCAGAGGCUAUUGGACGGGUACGGUGGGUGCACGGAGUACGAUGUGGCCGAUGUACCCAAGAUGGUGGUGGAUACUACGGCGGCUCUUGAAGUCGAGGAGCUUGUCUCCAGUGUGGUCCAGUUUAUCGAAAUUCACAGCCACAGGGGUCCGCGAAUGACAUCUGUCCACCAAGGACUAAAUAUUAUGGAUUAAAAUAUAAAAAAACAAUUUGCUUCUCAAAAUAUGUAUAGUAUUUUGUAGGCUUAAAUGCUAAAAUGGUCUUUCUGUUUUACC